CCCUCGCACAACAACGCUGCGCUCGUUCUCCCCACCUCGACUGACACUCCCAGCUGGUGCAACAAGCUUGGCGAACCGUCGAGAAUCCACCGAGAUCAGCUUGCUCGGCCCCUGCCUCUGCUUACCAACUCCGUAUGACCUGGUGAACAUUCGACAUGAAAGCGGCGAAGAAGUCGCAAUUGAAGACUCAAAGCCUAUCUGCGGCGACUCGGGAGGAUGGAAGAGACGGAACGGGCGAGGAUGGAGCAGACUCGAAGACGGAGGAGGUUCUUGCGGAGAAGCACGACGAGCUGGACAAGGUCUUGGACAGGCAUGAUACGCUGGUGCGCGAGGUGUUUCAUCUGGAGAAGUUUGUGACGCUGCUCUCGUACGAUCCCAAAGUGGCGAAAGAAGAUGGCUCGGCUGCCUUCCGCGAGUACAAGUCCGAGUACUACGAUAUCUUCCAAAACGUCGCUUCCUCCUCUGCCGCUGGCCCUUCUCGCAAGACCAGGGGUGCCCGCCACGCGCGCAUCCAGAAUCUGACGGCUCUAUCGUCUACCAUGAGCACGGCGUCCGAUCCGCGCCCACGCUCGAAUUCUCUCACACAGCCCACCUCCACCCCCGCACUCUCCGCCAAGGCGAAAGGCAAGCAAAAGGCGGUCGAACCUAUCUCGAUAUCUGCGUUCACGCCGAACGGGCAUGGCAACAGCAGAUCGAGGCCGGGUCCCCCCAGACAGACCCUUCCCAAGGGCACGCUCGACCAUCCCCCAUCCGAGUCCAUGUCAGCGCCACCAGGCCACCUCCGCAAGCGCACCACUCUCGACGUCCAAACUCCUGAUCAGCCCCCCAUUUUGCGCAAGAAGCGGAAGCUGCGGACGCCCUCGCCAUCUCCCCCUCCACCCGACGACGACGGCGAGCCAGAGCUCUCGCCGGGCUGCUCGUCGCGUCGGCAGCGCAGAACAAGCAGCGUGGCGGAGCUGCCACCACAACGCUCGCGACCAACGACUCCGUUAAGGAGAAGAGUGACGAUAGCAGAUCUUCCGGAGGUCCUCGAGUCGCCACUGCCAUCCUCGCUGAAGAGCGUGAAGCGCGUCAAGCUCAUCGUCCGACGUCCCCCUCCCAUGUACUCCAGCCCGCACCAGAUCGCCCCUCCACCCAAAUUCGGAUCAUCCAUCAACGCGUUUCUAAAUUCCUACGUCUCCGUGGAUGGCGAAGAAAGCAAGAAGAAGCUGGAGAAGAAGGCGAAUGAGCAGGCAGAGUUUUUGGCGAGAGUCGACACGCUGCGGCGGCAGGGGAGGAUUAUGCUCGACAGUCGGUCCAUCGCGCUCUUGCAGGAUCAAGACAAGGACGCUCUUCUCGCGCCCCCGAAGACGCAUCCGCGCGGGGUGGACAUUUGGGACCACGUCUUGCAGGAGGUUGCGCAGCGGAGUAACCGCAACCUCGGGCGCGGGCGGACGGUUUGCAGCCAGAUCGCGAGCAAGAUAAACGUGUAUUGGGAGCAGUCGGCGCUGCGGGAAGAUCGGGCGAGGGCGAAGGAGGAGAAGCGGCUGAGGGCGCUGGCGAAGGCGACGAUCAAGAUGGUUAUGGUGGAGUGGAAGAAGGCCGUUCAUUACAUUCGGGAGCAGGAACGGUUCAAGGCCGAGGAGGAGGAGCGAAGAAAGGGACAUGAGCAUCUCGAUGCUAUUCUCAACCAGUCCGGCCACAUCCUCGAAUCACAGCACCUUGAGCUCGCUCGAGGCGAUUCUCGAAGAUCAUCGAGUCGGGCCAGUAGCUUGGGCGAUGCUAUGGAAAGCUGGGGGGAUGAAUCGGGAUUAGAGGAAGAGGAGGAGGAGGAGAAUGAUGGUGCUGCUGAAGAAGAUAUAAGGAGGAUGGGGGGCCGGGACAGUGACGACGAGAGUAGGGCCGAUGAAAACGAGGGUGAAGACAGUGGGAGUGAAGAGGGCGAAGAUGUCAACACUCUGGAGUUGCUAGGAGUCAGGGAUCUGCCGAGAGACGAGGAUGAGAGACGUCUGAUGGUCUCGUCCAUCGACGAGGAGAUGAACAUGAAGUCAAGAAUCGAGGAGGAAGAUACAAGCGUUCACCAUUCUCCCAACGCUGCUGUAACCGCGUCCCGCUCCCCAAGUGCACUUUUCGACACCCAUAUUUCUUCCCCGCAACCUUCUCGCUGGAGUAGUGCCGAACACGUUCAGACGCCUACUCCUACGAGGGCUUCUCCGCCAUCAAGUCCAAUUGUUUCCUCACCCUCGCCUACGCACGCGGACGACAAGCCAAACAUUGUGCUAGGGCUCGUCUCGUAUAGUUCCUCCACCUCACCCUCACCCGUGGCAUCUCCAAGCAGGGCGGUUCACGAGAUAGGUUCCCCGCAAGCUCGCGCCUCCCCAUCGUCGAGCCUCGCAUAUCCUUCAUCGCCUAGUCCGGAGGAGGACAAAGUCGACGACACGAUGGACAUCGACUCUAAUGUUGAGUCAAUCUCGACUCCGCAGGACGUCCCAGCACCGGAGCCCGGUGUGGUAGAGGAUGCCGAACACGAUCCGAUGACGAGAACGGUGCCCAUCAUGUCGCGAGAGGACGACAUCCAGGUCACUAAAAUCCAGGGCGAAGCGCCGACACGACUUGUGUCCCCUGAUACCCGGGAAACAUCGCACGUGCAACCCGACGACGAUGAGGCAGCUUCUGAUGUCGCCGAAGAGCAGCUCGUUGGGGACCCCGAGGACCAUAUUCCAACGUACCUCAAGCCGUUCGCCGUCGCGCCGGUCGAUUGGGACCCGGACAGCAAGGUGACGGCGCCGUUGCUGCUGCGUGGGGUGCUGCGGCCGUAUCAGCAGUCCGGCCUCGAGUGGCUGGCGAGUUUGCACUCGAAUCAUCUCAAUGGGAUUUUGGCGGACGAGAUGGGAUUGGGGAAAACUAUUCAGACUAUUUCGCUGCUGGCGCAUUUGGCGUGCGACCGUGGUAUUUGGGGCCCUCAUCUGAUCAUCGUUCCGACCAGCGUGCUCCUCAACUGGGAGAUGGAGUUUAAGAAAUUCCUUCCUGGCUUCAAGAUUCUGAGCUACCACGGAUCUACCAAGCGCCGGAAGGAACUGCGACAGGGCUGGAAUAACAAGCACAGCUUCAACGUCUGCGUCACCUCCUACACGCUCGCGAGCCGCGACGCGCACAUUUUCAAGCGCAAGCCUUGGUACUAUAUGAUCCUCGACGAGGCGCACAUGAUCAAGAACUUCAAGUCCCAGCGGUGGAAUAUCUUAUUGAUGUUCCGCUCGUUUCGUCGGCUCCUUCUCACUGGCACGCCGCUGCAGAACAACCUUACGGAGCUGUGGGCGUUACUGCAGUUUCUCAUGUCGGGCACGAAUUUUGCUAAUCUCAAGGAAUUUGGGGAUUGGUUUUCGAACCCGCUCGAAAAGGCAAUUGAGAUGGGGAGCGCCCUCGACGAUGAAAAUAUCCAGCGUGUUUCAAAGCUGCAUACAGUCCUCCGCCCUUACCUCCUUCGUCGCCUCAAGCGGGAUGUCGAGAAAGAGCUGCCGAGUAAGUACGAGCACCUCGUGCUCUGCCCGCUUUCUAAGCGACAGCGCUUCCUGUACGACGAGUUCAUGACUCGCGCGCACACGCAGGAGGCGCUGCAGUCCGGCGUCUAUCAGAAGAUCGCGAACAUCCUCAUGCAGCUGCGCAAGGUGUGCAACCACCCGGACCUGUUCGAGGUCCGGCCGAUUGUCACGUCGUUCGCGAUGACGCGUUCGGCGGUCGUGGACUACGAGAUCAAGGAGCUGCUCGUGCGCCGGCGGCUUUUACAGCAGCAGGACAACGACGACGAGCAGAAGGUGAACCUCGGCUUCUUGGGGCUGAGGUUCGUCGAACACCAGGACGUGUCGGUGUUUGCGUCGUCGGAGACGACGAGACUGGACGCGACGCUGAGGUUGCCAUUCCUCUCCGAGCUCCCUGGGCCGCGUCCACCCAAGGACACGCGGACGAUCGAGGGGUACAAGCUGUACAGGGCGUACCAACUUCGUGCGGAGCGGGCUAGCCGGUGGGCGCACGUUGGGUACAUGAACACUAUCCGGUGCAGGCGCGAGCCUAUCUACAACAGCGAGGCUAUCGCUACCUACAAGCGGUUUUAUCGCCCCCUUGUUCCCUUGGCCGCUGCCAACCUCCGCCAUCAGUACUGGGAUACGGUCACUCGCACGCAUGCCGCGAUCAAGACUUACGAGGAGCGCGCGGAGGAUAUGCGGGACGUUGUGGAGAGGUUCGCCUUCGUCACGCCUUCUGUCGUCGCUCAGGAUGUGGCCCGGUUCUGCGUUCCCGAGCUCGAAGACCCUUCCAUAUCUUUGCCGCCUGGUUUCGACUCCCUCCUACACCACACGCGCGUCAAGCUUCAGAUAGCUUUCCCGGAUCCGUUGCUGUUGCAGUAUGAUUGCGGCAAGUUGCAGAUGCUGAGCCGGCUGCUCCGCGACAAGAAGGCGGGGGGCCACCGCGUGCUCAUCUUCACGCAGAUGACGAGGAUUCUGGAUAUCCUGGAAAUGUUCUUGAAUUUCCACGGGCAUCUAUACCUUCGGCUGGACGGUGCGACCAAGAUCGAGGACCGGCAGUAUAUCACGGAGCGGUUCAAUGCGGAUCCGAGGAUCUUCUGUUUUAUUGCUUCAUCCCGAUCUGGUGGUGUCGGUAUCAACCUUACUGGAGCGGACACCGUUAUUUUCUACGACAGUGACUUCAACCCGCAGAUGGAUAGACAGUGCGAGGAUAGGGCCCACCGUAUCGGCCAAAUGCGGGACGUCCACAUCUAUCGCUUCAUCUCGUCGCACACCGUUGAGGAAGCCAUGUUGAUGAAGGCCAAUCAGAAGCGGUCGCUGGACGACAUCGUCAUCCAGAAGGGCGAGUUCGACUGGCGGACGCUCUUUGACGAUCAAGGAGCGCUCACCAAAGCCCUUGGAGAAUUUGAAGACACGGAGGACGCGCGUGCGGCUGCUAUAGCCGCCAGCGAGGAGAAUGUUCUGGUCGGAGCGGAUGAGGCGGACUUUGGCGCGGAGAUGGAGGCGGAGGAACGGGCAGAGCAUGGCCCUGAGGCUGCUUCGAGCGAGACGCCCUCGGCGCGGCCGUCGAAGGCUGUCACCCCUACCGUUGAAGAUGAUCAUGGCUACGAAGCGGUGGCCGAUGCUGAUGUUGCUUUGGAAGAUGGAGGAGAGGACGGCGAAGGCGAGGGAGGGUCCACGGCUGAUUUCAUGCUUGGAUUUGUGCAGUUUGAUUAUGAUUUCUUCAGAGAUUGGCGCUUGUAGCGUUUUGGCUUCUGGAUGGUGACGACCACUAAUGGUUUUUGGUUCUUUGUGCACGAUGUCGAUGCCCUACGAUGAUAGUUUACUGAUUUGUUUAGUUUCCGUACACGUACUACCCCCUGCUCAUUGCUGUUUAGGUAUCUUAUGUUUGCUUUGGUUAUUGCCUUCCAUCAUCCAAUCUUAGGCUUCCGUUCUGGCUACAG